GCUGUCGGCGCCUGCCGAUAAGUUCUAGAAUUUCAAUUCGACGUCGCAGUGGACAUCGUUCUGUUGUACGAAGCUAACGACCCAAGGAAUUACGGAAAAGAACUACUCACAAUUGUAAAUGUUCGAUAAGUAACGAUAGGCGGUUGAUAAAAAAAUAAUUGUUGUUUCUUGCAAAGAGGUUUCUUCGAGCUGACAAAGUUUUAAUCACUUUCAAUAAGAAAAUAACCAAAGAGAAAAGUUUCUGACAAGCGAAGGAUUGUGAUGGCGACAGUCGGAGAACCUUUGACGUUAGCCAGAGACGUCAAAAGAUCAAUCGAGCUCCUUGACAAGUUGCAAAAAAGUGGUGAAGUACCAGCAACUAAAUUAGCUGCGCUACAGAAAGUUCUUCAAAGUGAUUUUCUCAAUGCCGUAAGAGAAGUAUACGAGCAUGUUUAUGAAACUGUUGAUAUACAGGGAUCUCAAGACGUACGUGCUUCUGCUACAGCAAAAGCAACUGUGGCUGCGUUUGCUGCCAGCGAGGGACACGCGCAUCCUCGAGUUGUAGAAUUACCAAAAACGGAAGAAGGACUAGGAUUUAACGUGAUGGGGGGAAAAGAGCAAAAUUCUCCCAUCUAUAUAUCUAGAAUUAUUCCAGGUGGCGUAGCCGAUAGACACGGCGGUUUGAAACGUGGGGAUCAGUUACUCUCUGUUAACGGAGUGUGUGUCGAAGGUGAGAAUCACGAGAAGGCUGUUGAAUUACUAAAACAAGCUCAGAACUCUGUGAAGCUUGUUGUCCGUUACACACCUCGUGUUUUGGAGGAAAUGGAAUUACGAUUUGAUAAACAACGAGCUGCUCGUACGCGGCGCCAACAUAUGCAGUAAAGUCUGCGGUGUUGAUUUCUCAUAUUUGCGAAGUAUAAUUAAUUUGUAACUAUGUUGCAGUGUGUUAUUAUUUAUAUUGGACACCUAAUUAAUUACGAAUAAUGGAUUGAUGGGAAAAUAUACUAUUCUACCAUCACCUGAAGAUCUAGAAGAUAAAUAUGAAGUUAUUAUUUCAGUUUUGAUGUUUAAAAUGAUAAUUGAAUAAAAUCAGAAGUUUAUCAACGGAA